AAAUCAAAACUAUGCCUUUUGUAGCACACACCAACUUUCAUUGAAAACGAAAAUAAAACAAAAACUGCAGGCUGGUGACAAAACCUAAGGCAGACACCAACUUCCAUCUUUCCAUGUGAUUACAAAAAACAAACUAUCCUUUCAACUCUGUCUCUCCUUCUCUACCUCGAUGCUUUCGCUACCACCGAAACUUUCUUUAUUUCAAACGUCAAACUAGCACCUUUUCCUUUCUUCUUUGCAUUUUUCUUCUGCUUCUUCUUCUUCUUCCAUGGCUUCCCAUUUGUCUCUUCAACUGCCCUACUUCUUCUACUACACGUAAGUUUUAUUUAAUCUCCCAUGUUAUGCACGUGUUUGAUGUUUUACUCUGUUGAAACUGUAAACUUCAGAAAUGGAUAUAAUUGCAAAAUAUUUGACUUUGUUGCGUUGCCUGCAUCAAACAAUAAUCUUAAUUUGUUUCAUUUGGUAAUCAGUUUUAACUGAUUCAAAACAUGCGUCUAUUUGAUUCUUUUUGGUUAUGUGAAGUUGGUUGACUUUCUUUUUUCAUAUAUUUGCUUAGUUAGGAUCCAAGAAUGUACUCUAAAUACCCAUUUGAUUCAACAAAAAAGGCUAUAAAAGAAGAAACAUAGAAGAUGCAAAGCAAUGUAAUAUUAAUGGAUUUAGUGGUUGAGAAGUUGAAUUUAUUUGUCUGUAACAGACAAACUUUCCGAUCUUGUAGUGGAUGGAAUUGGAAGAGCAAUUCAAAUACACCCUACUAUUGAAAGUUCAAUGGACGGCUGCAAGGGAAUCAGCUCUCGGCAAAGAAGAGAAAGUCACUUGGAUUAUGGUUUGCUGGUUACACUUCUUCAAAGGAUAUAUUUCGAAAUGCAUUAUCGUCAAUGUCUUCUUCAUCACCUCAUUGUGAUCCAACUGAUACUGGGAAUGGUGCUCUUGUACCUGAGGCUGAUGGUGCAGUGGAAUUCAAUCGGGUUAAUUGUCUUGUUUGGGUAUUACACGAAUCAGCCAGAAGCUUUUCCCUUGCAGUUGAGUCACUUGAAUUGGCCGGAAGCAGUGCAGAGCUUGCUACGGCUUGGAAUGGAAAGGAUGUGCAUCAAUGGCAUAAACGUAUUGCUCAUCGGGUAGCCGUUUUUGCAAUGUUGAAAACGGCAAUUGAAGUGGAGAUUUUGCUCUCUCAAGAACGUCAUAACAAUCCAUCCCCAGUUAGAAAGACCUUGACCCCAGAGACAGAUUUGUUAGAGGAGUUCAUUGAAAGUCAGUUGAAAUUGAGACAUUCAGAAUUGGUACAAUGGUUCAGAGUGGUGGAACUUCCACGGAUAGCAGGAUUUUUCAUUCCAUUGUUAAAGAAGUGGUCUAUCGAGUAUGCAGGAAGUGGUGUUGCAGGACUUAUUGUGGCUAUAAGCUGCUGUGCUGCAGUAGAGAAAUUGGGUUCUGAGCGUACCUCUUGUCCCUUGUCUAAAAUGUCAAUAGGCGAUGCUCUAGUGGAGCUUAUGAAUCUUUCUCAUAGUAUUGUUUCGGUUGACAAAUUACAUCAGUUAGCUACUGAGGCAGGAUUUGAAAUUCAUUUCCUGUCACAUUUUGGUGCAAAGUUUCUGUCUAGGAAGGAGAGUGAUGAGCUAGAAUUUUGGAUAGGGUUGGCUCAGAGAAAACUCUCAGUGGCUUUCUGCAAAGAAACCAUGAUUCCGGGCAAACUUACAUUUAAAAGCAAGGUUCAAGCAGAUAGCUUGGCUACUUUAGGACUUUUUGCUUAUCUAGGAAGGAAGACUAGAAUAUUUUUGUCACAAAUGCGCAUAAAUGAUCUUGAUGAGCUGGUAAAGGACUUCCUGAGCUACUUGGAGUGUGGCAGCCUUUUCAUUUUCCCAGAAUUAUCUUCUAUAUCAGUUUACCAAUUCUUCAUGGAGGUAGUAACUGAUGAAAUUGGAUGGCUUGAUUUUUAUGGUGAAAUUUCUAGCAUAAGCUAUCAAGAUAAAAGAAGGUCCAAGCAGCAUACAAUUCAAGCAGAGAAAGAAAUUAUUUUAUCAAAAGUUUUUACUGUUUGCUAUGAUGUCUUUUCUGGGUUUGCACACUUCAUCCGCUCAGCUCAGCAGCCCUUAGAUUCUGAAUUGUUAGCAUUCUUACUCCGGAGCCAAAGCCUGUUAACCAUUUGUCUGGAAGACUACUGGGCUGCUUAUGAUAGAAUAGGUGAAUCAUUAAAGAUUACAGAAUCAGGUGCCUCUAAGCACACACCACCAACGGCAGCUAUUGGCAUGACCCGGUUUCCAGUGGCCAUGGAAGCACAAGGAAAAUCAACUGAUUUGAUAACAGAGGAAUGUCAAAUUGAUGAAUUUGGACAUGAACAUAUGCUGAAAAAGGAUGUAUGGUUGGGAACUCAGUUGCUAUUCGUUGACAUCAUGGUUUCUCUUGAGCUACUCCUAAAGCAAUUGCGUGGCCAGAAGGUCACAGCAAGAGAAAAGAGGAAGUUAAAAAGAACAUUGAAUGACAUUGCUACACUUAUCCCUGUUACAAUUCUAAUGCUCCUUCCUGUAUCUGCUGUAGGGCAUGCAGCAAUGCUAGCUGCUAUCAACAAGUACAUACCAUCUUUGAUUCCAUCACCGUAUUCUUCUGAGCGUUUGGGUGUUGCGAAACAACUAAAAAGAACCAAGAAGAUGGAAGUUACAUCGUGGAGCAACCUUGAAGACCCAACCUCUAAAACAUCAUAAACCCUUUCAUGCUACUCCACGUCCAGGC